UUCAUCGAUUAAACUGUUGUAAAAAGUCAAUUUCAAAUAAUGAUUUAUUUGGAUAAUAAAGUUGCUUUAAUCACUGGUUCUAGUGAUGGAAUCGGAAAAGCAACAGCUUUACUCUUUUCGUCAUUAGGUGCUAAAGUGGCCAUCGUCGGUCGUGAUCAAACCAAACUGGAUAAAGUUGCCGCUGAAUGUGAAGCAAAGUCACCUCAUCACUACAAGCCUGUUGUUAUUAAGGCUGAUUUUGUUAGAGAUGAAGAUGUUGUUCGAACCUUUGAAGAAACCAUUUCUGUUUAUAAAACAUUGGACAUUUUAGUUAAUAGUGCUGGUCUUUCUAGUUACACAAAUUUGGCUGAUCCUUACUAUCUUGAUGACUAUGAUCGAGUUAUGCAAGUUAAUGUUAGAUCAGUUAUUCGUUUAACUGAACUGUCUGUUCCAUUUCUAACCAAAUCUAAUGGAUUUAUUGUCAAUGUAUCUGCUGUUAGCUCCAUGACGUCAAAUCCAACUCGCUGGGUUUAUGGUAUGUCGAAGGCCGCACUUGAUAUGUUCACCAAGUCAAUGGCUGGUAAAUUGGCUCCUAAUAUCAGAGUGAAUUCAGUCAAUCCUGGUGGAGUUCAUACUCAUCCCAUUGAACCAUCAUUGAUGGAGAAAUUUAAAGCUAUGAAACCCUUAAAUCGAAUCGCUGAACCAAUAGAUAUUGCCAAUUUAAUUGCUUUCCUGGCAUCUGAUGUUUCAAUAAACAUGACUGGUUCAAUCGUUGUUUCGGAUUCUGGAUUUCUUUGUGCUGAUCCAUACAAAGUACUCUCGGGGAAAUAAGCUUUGAAAUAUUAG